AUGAACAUCAAGAUCCUGCCGAGAUACAACGUCGAUGGUGUGCACUACUUUCAGCGCCGAUAUACAUCGAAUGUAGAUGCCAACCGCGACCAGUUGAAGUUGGACAGCCGGCAGACUCAACAGAUCAAGAAAGUGUUCAGUGACUUCGAUCCGCAUAUUUCAAUCGAUGUGCAUGAGUUCAUUGCGUCGAAGAUUUAUGGCGGGGAUUACCAGCAUGGUUCAGAUGCGAUGGUCGCAGGUGGCAACAACCUGAACAUACAUCCGAACUCAAGAGAGCAAAUCUUCAAACACUGGAUACCUGCGAUUGGCGAGCGCCUCCAAAGUCACAGUCUUCGUUGGGAAAUGUAUGCCGCUGGAAAGAUGGACUUCACAUCAGGUUCUAGGAUUCUUUUGAAAGAGGCUGCGACUGAACCGGCCAAUGGUCGCAACUCUAUGGGUCUGACACAGAGCAGCACUUUCCUUCUGGAGACGCGUGGGAUUCGCCUAGCAGAUCAACACUUUCAGAGACGUGUUGCCGCCGGCCUUCUUAGUCUCGAGGCCAUCUUGGAGCACGCACGCGACAAUCAUCAAGAGGUGCUGGCCACAGUUCAGGAUGCUCGCAAGGACUUCACCAACAGCAAAGAUGAUAUCGUGGUCACAGACUUCCCAGAACUUAUCAAGCGAUCUUUCACCAUGGUCGACAUGAACAACGGAAGCAUUGUGCAGGUACCCAUCGACUUCUACGACAGUACGCCCGCUACCGCCAAUCUCACCCGCGCAAGACCCGAGGCAUACCUCAUACCGAGAACAUGGAUCCGUAUUGCGGAGCGGCUCCAGAUCCUCGGUCUGGACGUGGAAACCUUGGACUACGAGUAUCGUGGCGCGGUAGAGGUGUAUAACAUCACAUCGAGCUCCCUAGCUACUGAGAUCACCGAGGGCCACGUUCUCAAUACCGUCACGACAGAGGCACUCGUCAACUUGCCAGCAGGUAGCUUCCUGGUCAGCACGAGGCAGAAGAAUGCUGCGCUGGCGUUUGUGACGCUGGAGCCGGAGAAUGUCGAUUCGUACGUCAGCUUCAGUGGUAUUAUACAGCGUCUGCCAGCGCCGGAACGCUAUCUCCUUGCCGCAAUAUGGGUGUCACUGGUGAGUACGCUAUGCCACGAUUAG